AUUUCUUGUGCUUGGAAAGACGCAGCCAUGUCAAAGAGACGCACUCGUAUCUACGCCGACGAAGAUGUUGUCGCGCACAAGACCCGGUCAAGCUGCUGGGUGACCCGCCAAGGCAAGGUCUACGACGUUUCAAAAUUCGUCGACGACCACCCAGGAGGCGACGACAUCCUUCUCAAAUAUGCCGGCCAGGAUAUCGAGGCGGCGAUGUCAGGCAAGGCAGAGGACACCCCACAGCACUCCUCUGCAGCGUAUGAAAUGCUCGAAGACUACCUCAUUGGACGGCUUGGGACGCAUGAGACGACACUGCGCGACGACUUCGUUGCCGGCGAUGAUUUCCAUCCGGAAGAAACGGAUUUCGCUGAGGACUUUCAAAAGAACCAGUUUUUGGAUCUCAGGAAGCCGCUGUUACGCCAAGUGUGGGAGGCUAACUUUAGUAAAUCCUACUAUCUGCAGCAAGUGCAUCAGCCUCGGCACCUUCACGAGUCUGCUCGUCUCUUCGGCCCCUCCUUCCUCGAGGGAUUCACCCGCACAGUUUGGUGGGUGGUGCCCAUGUUCUGGGGUCCCAUCGCAUCGUACCUUUUCUGUCGCUCCCUGAUCCAAUUCUCCGUCGCACCCGCUGUUCUCCCGCUGUUCACCGUGCAGCCGCUCCUGCCGUCGAAUCUACUGUUGAACGCACUCACUGUGCAGAAUAUCGGCAAGACAGGCGUUUGCUUCUUCCUGGGCAACUUCAUCUGGACGAUCCUCGAGUAUGUCCUGCACCGCUUCCUUUUCCAUCUCGACGACUAUCUUCCCGACCACCCCGUCGCCAUCCUGCUGCAUUUCCUGUUGCACGGAGUCCACCACUACCUCCCGAUGGAUCGGUUGCGGCUUGUCAUGCCUCCGCUCCUGUUCACCGUGCUGCAGGCCCCGUUCACGCGCCUCGCUCACAUCCUGUUCCCCGCCGCUGUAGCGAACGGGAUCAUCUCAGGAGCCUUCGCGUUUUACAUCUUAUACGACGUGAUGCACUACGCAUUGCACCAUACCAAUCUCCCUGCGUACAUACAGGAGCAAAAGCGGUAUCACCUUGCUCAUCAUUACAAGAACUUCGAGCUCGGAUUUGGUGUCACUAGCAAGUUUUGGGAUGUGGUCUUCAAUACAGUCCUUCCGACUACCCCUUCAUGAUGGGCGGCGCUUUGUUAGAUCGGACCAAGUAAUCGCCUAGAUGUUCUGUACUCUUCACUAUUCGCCCCUCUCAAUAUUACAUUACCCCGGGGUCUCUGAACAGGCCGUGUCAUUUUGUAAUCACUCGUAUUCCCCCGUUGCGAAUGUAAGAUAAAUAGAAACAGGCCACUGUCAAAUCGCGUCUGCCUCAUUUUGCAUGCUGUGUAGCCACCGAACCACAUGUGUAUAUUGCGCACGCCAUGUCGCAGACCUCUCGCCAUACCACUUAGUAAGUCUUUU